AUGGGUGUUAUGCGAGAAAAACGUCGUGCUGAGCGGAUCGUUGACGGUGGGACGCCAACCUGGCGUUUCAUCUGGAGCCAACUGAAAGCGAGCGGAUGGACGCACAAGCCUCCCCCUGCAAGCUCGAUCGAGACUCGAUGGAAAUUUGUACCACCUGGGGGAAACCCAUUCGGCAUUGAGGGCAAGGACUACUUUUUGGGUGAAGACCGUGUGCUCGCACACUACGCCGCCGUUUCUGUGUGUAGUGGCGACGGUGCUGGAUUGGCAACAACAGUUGAUGAAAAUGAACCUCCAAAUGUAGACCCCUCGCCGCUAGCUUCCACCUCCGCCACUAUGUCUAACUCGACUACACCCUCGCCACUAACAAACCGGGAGGUGAAUACUACCGAUGGUAACGAUGCAUGUGAUGAGUCCGAAGAGGAUGAGUACGAGUUGGUACCACGACACAAGCGGACGCUUCAGCUAGGGCCUACUGCGUCUACAACCCAUGAAACUUCUCUUUUUGGCUCUUCAGAAGAUGAAAGUGGUGGUGAAGCCACCGCGCACGAUGGGGUCAGCGGAGAUCAUCACGUGUCAGAAGCUAGCAGUAUCAUGUCAAGUGAUUCUGAUGAUGAGCUCAACAAGAUCGAAGAAGGAGACGACCCUGACGACUUCGCUGGUUUUGAAUCUGGUGAUGAGAUUGAGGAAGACAGUAUCGUGGACACAGAUAACUCAGACCAAGAAGGUGAAGAUGCCGCUGCUGGGACUGCGCGCGACUGUGAGGAAGAAGAGGUUGAUAAGAAGUCUGGACCUGCGGCGGUUGUACGUAACCUGAAAGCAGCCUUCCCUGACGGUCAAGAUAAGGGCUUCCGUCUCGUGGUCACUGACCGAUACUACACGAGUGUUGUGCUUGCAAUUGCUCCUGAUGGGAUUUUACACGGUCGGGACAAUUAUGACGAACCGCAUUGGCUACGCCACGAGCCUAAAGGAGAACAAGAACAACAGGAAGACUCGACCAAAGAACAUUCUAUCAAGUGGUGGGACAGCAAACCAGUUUUCUUCCUAUGUACUGGAAGUGAUCUUGCGUUAGACAGAGUGGUGAGGAGAGAGAAGACCGGGGACCAGCGUGAAGUGCCUUGUCCAAAAGCAGUCAAAGACUACCACAAAUAUAUGGGCGGAUUUGAUGUGCACGAUCAACUCCGCUUGCUACGCUACUCACUACAGCGGGCGGUGACCUUUCGGAAAUACUACAAGUCCCUGUUUUUGGGGUUGGUGGAUCUUGCAAUAGUCAACGGAUAUAUUGUACAUCGUGCGUACCAUGAAGCAAAGGGAACCCGCCCCUUGACCCACGUCCAAUACAUUCGCAAGUUGCACUUGGAGCUCAUCCACCUGAAGGACUCAGACAUGUACGAAGGCAAUACGUUUGGAGCUGACCCACCACCACCAGUCUCAACUGAGAAUGACGCUCUAGCCACAAGCGCAAAUGACGAAGGAGGGAGCUCAGAGCAUGUUAUCCAUUCACCGAAGCAAGGUGACGAGUGGCGAAAGCACUCAGGACAGCUGAAACGCGUACAGCGCAACUGCAAAGUGUGUUCUUUGCUGCGAUCAGACGGAAAACGUGGCGGGACAACGACCUACUACUGCGACGCAUGCUUUACCGCGUUGCCUGUGUAUUUGUGCAUGAAGCCAAAGCACAUGAUGGAAGAAGAGCUACGUAGCUGCUGGGACAUAUGGCAUAACAAGUUCAAGAAUGGUACUGAGAUACCUGACAACUUGCAGGGCAAGAUACGACUACGGCAGUCGCCCGCCAAGCGUCGCCGGUCUCCUUCGGACGAAUAA